UGUCAAGAAAGUCCUAGCGGGGAAACUUCCAAAGGACCAAGUGUUCCUGGGCUCCCCCUUCUCCGUUCGGAUCAUAGAUGGUACCGUCCGGAAGUUCGGGCGGAGACUGAGGCUGCGCUUCUCGCGAAAAGGCAGGCGUCGCGGGGCUGGCCACUUCCGCACUUCCGCUUUCCGGCCCAGCCAGCGCCCGCGAUGACUGCCACUCUCCGUCCCUACCUGAGUGCCGUGCGGGCCACACUGCAGGCUGCCCUCUGCCUGGAGAAUUUCUCCUCCCAGGUUGUAGAACGACACAACAAGCCGGAAGUAGAAGUCAGGAGUAGCAAAGAGCUCCUGUUACAACCUGUGACCAUCAGCAGGAAUGAGAAGGAAAAGGUUCUGAUUGAGGGCUCCAUCAACUCUGUCCGGGUCAGCAUUGCUGUGAAACAGGCUGAUGAAAUUGAGAAGAUUUUAUGCCACAAGUUCAUGCGCUUCAUGAUGAUGCGAGCAGAGAACUUUUUUAUUCUUCGAAGGAAACCAGUGGAGGGAUAUGACAUCAGUUUUCUGAUCACCAACUUCCACACAGAACAGAUGUAUAAACACAAGUUGGUGGACUUUGUGAUCCACUUCAUGGAGGAGAUUGACAAGGAGAUCAGUGAAAUGAAGCUGUCGGUUAACGCUCGUGCGCGCAUCGUGGCUGAGGAGUUCCUCAAGAAUUUUUAACCAUCUGGCUGGAUCUCAAGGCCUUCCCCCUCAGACUCCCCUGUGUCUCUGCGAAGGCAUCCUGGAGUUACUCCCCAGAGCAGCAGCGGCGGCGGCAGCAACAGCGGCGGCAGAGUGGGGGAGCUGGGUUGGGGUGGGUAUUAGAUGCGGGAGGUGGGUGGUAUGCUUGCUAGCUGGGCAACAAAGCAGCAGUGGACCUGCCCCAAGGCACAUGCUGCCCCAAGGCCACAUGUGCCUGGUCAGGCUGGCUUCUGAUGUUCAGUCCCCUGGGCUGGGACAGAUUUUUUUUUAACGUCUUGAAACUUAAAUUCUGUGCUUGUAGGAGACUGUAACCUUUUUGUCUUUUUUUUUUUUUUUUUUUUUACACGAAACAACCUCCACCUCCAGUGGCUGUGACUGGUCCCAGUGAUUGUACCAUAUUGGUCGCUGUGGGUCUGGGCGGGCCUGGAGCCAGAAGGCGACUAUUGUGUGUGUGUCUCCCCCCCCCCCCCCACCUCCAGGAAGUCCCAGGUUGGGAGAGAGGGAGGGAAGGAAGAAGGUUUCAGACUCCAGUUCCUUUCCUUUGUCCUCUUACUCCUGAGCCUCCUUGGGCCCAGUGGAAGUUGUUGGGACUCUCUGCCAGCUUCCUGAGCUCUGCCUGAAGAUAAGCCACCCAGCACUGGUUGGAAACAAGGGCUUAAUUGGUGGCCACCGGCCAUGCCUUGAAGCUGGGCACUGAAAGCCAGGUGCCUCUGGCCACAAGGGCCUCUUUGUGCCCUCCCAGCUGAGAGGGGCCACUGAUUUGCCUUGUCUAUCAGUGCAGUGCCUGUGCUAGAGUUGGAGGGGUGAGUCUUCCAGAGCUUCCUGAGCUGGGUCUCUUCUGCCUGCUCUGGCUCCUCUGCUCCCACGCUCGCUGUACCUUUUCUUAUUCUGGUGGAUCCCGCCUCCUCUCCUGAUUAAAGUCUCUCCUUGCCCCUUUGGGGCUGCAUGA